UUUGAAGGGGAAGCACACCAACCGCCUCUCCCUGAGGUUUGUGGAUCCAGACCUGGAGACUCGAUACUCUGUGGAGAAGGAGAAACAGAGCGGAGCUGCCUUCUGCUGCUCCUGUGUGGUCCUACUCUUCACUGCAGGCAUGGAGGCACUCAUAGACCCCUGGCUUAUUGCAAACUACAUCACCUUUGCAGUGGGAGAGGUCCUGCUGCUCAUCCUGACAAUCUGCUCUUUGGCUGCCAUCUUCCCUAGAGUGAGUCCCAACAUAUUUUGA